CUGGAGAUCUCUCCCCUUUUGAAGCUUGCGAGCUUACAAAUGGCGAUUUUUGAAGAGCCUGGACCAGAGCGUUCAUCCACGAGCAAACGAGGUAAGCAUGCAUCAAAAGGGUCCGAAUGAUGUGCUGUAUCUGUGUUGUUGCUGCUGCUGUGUGAUUCAGGUUCACUGAUGAGGUUAUCUGUCACCUUCCCUGCAGCUCUCGCGGUCAGCUGGCUGGCCAUGGGCAUGGCCUUCCUCAUCCCAUCGCCUCUCAGGAUGCCACCGAGGACGAGAAUGCGCGCGCGCAUUUCGAUGAUGGUCACAUCAGCAGCAGAAGUCGCCUCCCCGCCCACCACCGCAGGCCUGCAAGGUCGCCGCUUUCUCCUCGACUUCCAGGUCGCCGCAACUUCCCUCGCGGGCACAUACCGGUGCGUCAUCUAUCUGCGGCCAGGCAACCAGAUCUCGCUUGAGCAGGGGCUGUUUGCGGACACCGAUGAGAAGGGCGACGAGGUGCCGGGCACCUGGCGGGUGACCAACGACGAAACGGGGAAUGCGUAUCUGGAGUUCUCUAUCCGGCUGUCUGACCCGAUGCGGAACUUGCUAGAGAUCGAUGGGGAGGAGAUGUUCUGGCGAGGGCGGAUCAUCCCGCCCGCCACACUGGAGGACGUCUUCACUCUUGCGGACGGGCAGAUGCUCUCCGAGCGCAAGAAGGUCGGCAGUGGGUCGGAUUUCAUCCGAGAAGGGACCUUUACCGGCACGCAGCUCAAGAGAAUGAUCCGGCUGGAGGAGCUUCGGGAGGAGGAGAGGGAGAAGAACAGAGGGGCGGAUGAGGUUGUGGACGUUGACGGCGCGGCAAAGGCCGACCGUCUGGAGCAGCUGCUGGAUGCGUGGGCUGAGGACGACAGCAUAGCUGCCAAGAGGUUCCCAUCCGACAUUCUCGCUGUCAUUGACCAGAGGGGGAACGUCGACUUGCCGGGGAGGGGGCAGAGGCAGGGCAGCAUCAUCAGGAAGCUGAGUUGAAUGAAGAGUGAGGGGGAUGGAUGGAUGGAUGGGUAGAUGGUGUCAUCGCACAACGACAGAUUGGAUGACGGAGUGUCGCAGCACAGACCGAUUCAUCUCAAUGAUUGAAUUUGUCAAUCUGCACGACCGGG